GGAACUUUUAAGUUCAAGGGAGAAAGUGAUCUGUUCCUAGCUGAUCAUCAUAAACAGUUAUUAUAUGAUGGGAAACUGUCUAAUGCUAUUGCCUUUACAUACAACCCAAGGGCUACAGAUGCACAGCUCUGCCUAGAAUCAUCACCCAAGGACAAUCCUUCUAUCUUUAUACAUUCACCACAUGCCCUCAUGUUACAGGAUGUGAAAGCAGUCAUUACCCAUUCUAUCCAAAGUGCAAUGCAUUCUAUUGGAGGAGUCCAGGUGUUAUUUCCUCUAUUUGCACAGUUGGACUAUAGGCAAUAUUCCUCGGAUCAGCCAGACACCACUCUUUGUUCUAUUUUACUGGCUUUCAUUAUGGAGUUGCUGAAGAACUCAGUUGCUAUGCAAGAACAAAUGCUUUCUUGUAAGGGCUUCCUCGUAAUAGGAUACAGUCUUGAAAAGUCUUCCAAAGCACACAUUAACAGAACUGUCUUAGACCUUUGCCUUGCCUUUGCUAAAUAUUUGAGCAAUUUGCAUAAUGGAGGUCCCUUGCUGAAGCAGCUCUGUGAUCAUAUUCUCCUGAACCCUGUAAUAUGGAUUUAUACUCCAGCCAAGAUUCAAUUGAUCUUGUACACUUACUUGUCCACUGAAUUCAUUGGCAUAGCAAAUAUAUAUAAUGCAGUUAGACGAGCUGGUACAGUUCUAUUGGCAAUGCAUACCUUGAAGUAUUACUAUUGGGUAGUUAAUCCUCAAGACCGUAGUGGAAUUACUCCUAAAGGUUUAGAUGGACCUCGGCCUAAUCAGAAAGAAAUUCUUUCUCUGCGAGCCUGUUUACUGAUGUUUAUUAAGCAGUUGGUGACAAAGGACUAUGGAGUGAAAGAAGAUGAACUCCAGGGCAUUCUGAAUUAUCUUCUUACCAUUCAUGAGGAUGAAAAUUUAAUGGAUGUUUUGCAAUUGCUUGUUGCUCUCAUGUCUGAGCAUCCCAGUUCUAUGAUUCCUGCUUUUGAUCAGAGGAAUGGAUUACGUGUUAUCUACAAGCUUCUUGCUUCCAAAAGUGAAGGAAUCAGAGUACAAGCACUGAAGGUGAUGGGCUACUUUUUAAAGCAUCUGGCAGCCAAGAGGAAAGCAGAAAUUAUGAUUGGACAUGGACUGUUUUCUCUUCUGACUGAGAGGCUUACGCUUCAAACAAACUUAAUUUCCAUGACUACCUACAAUGUACUUUUUGAGAUACUUAUUGAGCAGAUUUGUACACAAGUGAUGCAUAAACAGCAUCCUGACCCAGAUUCAACAGUGAAAAUACAAAAUCCCCAGAUUCUGAAAGUUAUUGCUGUUUUACUACGUAAUUCCCCACCAUGCUCAGAAACCCUGGAAGUCCACCGAGUCUUCCUAUCAGACAUGAUUAAGCUUUUUAAUAGCAGCAGAGAGAAUAGGAGAAGUUUACUGCAGUGUUCUGUGUGGCAGGAAUGGAUGCUUUCCCUUUGCUAUUUUAAUCCCCAAAGCUCUGAUGAACAGAAGUUAACAGAAAUGGUGUAUGCCAUUUUUCGAAUUCUACUUUAUCAUGCAAUCAAGUAUGAAUGGGGUGGCUGGCGUGUUUGGGUGGAUACCCUAGCAAUUACACAUUCAAAGGUAACUUUUGAAAUACAUAAACAGAACCUUUCUCGGAUGUUCAGGGAAUAUGAAGAGAAAGGAGAUGAAUGCUGCAGUGCUGGUCCAUCAUCCAUUAUUAGAACAGUUUCAGGUAUUAGUAAGGCUGCCGAAGUUACAGAGAAAGUCCACCUUGAAAAAAAAGAAGCUGACACUUCUAUAGUUGAUACUGAAAACAGAAGCAUGAACAACAGCAUUUUGAAGGAUGAAAGUCGAUUACCUGAUUUUGAAGACCACAGUAAUUUAGAAACAAACAAAGAAAAAAACAAAACAGAAAAUAUUCAGAAAACUCUUGAUUUAAAUGAAGCUCCUAGUUUGGAUCUUCCCCUACAAGCCCAAGUGACAAAACAGAGCUUAGAACAUACUGCUGAAGUUAUUGGAAUAAACCAUGAAGAAAAAGAAAUAAGUACCAGUGAUUCACAAUCACCUUUAGAAAAUGUUGAAAUAGAAAGUCCAGAAAUGUUAGAAAAUGUAACACCAGAAGUAUAUGUGGAGGAAGAUGAAGAUUUUGUUGAUUUAAAAGAGGAGACUAAUCUGGCACUUACAUCAGAACAAUGUGUUCCAAAAUCCAUUGAGGAGCAUGAUUUGUGCGAUAGUCAAGUAACAUCAAUUGUACAGCAGUGCACUGCUUCUUCAAAAGAACCUGUUUCAAUGGAAGUAGUACCUGAAAUUGUUGAAGGAUCAGUGGAAACAGAACAGCAGGAUUGCUUGCCAGAAAUCAGCAGUCCUGAAAUAAACAGAGCUCAGCCAACUUCAGACACUGAGAAUUACAUUGAUGACAAAAAUACUAAUCAACCCCAAACCAAGACAGUUGUAGAUAGCACACAACCACAGACUUCAGAAGCAAUAAUUGCUUCAGAUAAGAAAAUUGCCAGACUUGAUGUUUCCAGCAUUGCAUCAGAUACUGAACGAUUAGAAUUAAAACCUCAUGCAAAUCCAGAAGUAAAUCAUCCUCCUAGAGCCAUUUCUGAGACAUCUAGGCAGUAUGAUUCAUCAGAUCAAAAUGUAGCAACUCCUGCAGAUGGGCAGAGGAAGGAUUCUAGAUCUACCAUGUUCCGUAUCCCUGAAUUCCGAUGGUCUCAAAUGCAUCAGCGCUUGCUUACAGAUCUUCUCUUUUCUAUAGAAACAGAUGUACAAAUGUGGAGAAGUCAUUCUACCAAGACUGUGAUGGACUUCGUGAACAGCAGUGAUAAUGUCAUCUUUGUACAUAACACAAUUCAUCUUGUCUCUCAAGUGAUGGACAAUAUGAUUAUGGCUUGUGGUGGCAUAUUACCUUUGCUUUCAGCUGCUACAUCUGCUACGCAUGAAUUGGAAAGCAUUGAGCCAACUCAAGGAUUAUCAGUGGAAGCUUCCAUAGCAUUCCUUCAAAGGUUAAUUAGCCUUGUGGAUGUAUUGAUCUUUGCAAGUUCCCUUGGAUUUACUGAAAUUGAGUCAGAGAAAAAUAUGUCAUCUGGUGGAAUUUUACGGCAAUGUCUUCGACUUGUAUGUGCGAUAGCCGUCAGAAAUUGUUUGGAGUGUCAGCAACAGCAUAUGUUAAUGAAGCCUAGUGGAGAAAAUGUUAAGCGUCAGAAAAUAAUACAAAGCCUUAUAGCCUCAGGAAGGACUGGAGCAAAGAGUCCAGUUGAUAUUGUAACUGGAGGGAUUUCUCCAAUAAGAGAUAUUGACAGACUUCUACAGGAUAUGGAUAUUAAUCGGCUCCGUGCAGUGGUAUUCAGAGAUAUAGAGGACAGUAAGCAGGCACAGUUCUUGGCUUUGGCUGUAGUGUAUUUUAUCUCUGUACUCAUGGUAUCAAAAUACAGAGAUAUUUUGGAACCUCAAGAUGAACGGAGGCAAUUUCAACCUUCUCAGUCACCCAAAAUAGUUAAGGAAGAACAAUGUGAAGCUAUUACCACUUUAAGUCAGGAACCUGCCAAACAGUCAGAAAGUGUGACAUCUCCACAAAGAAGGGAGUCUGGAAUCCAGGAGGAAGCUUAUUCCGGAUCAGGACACAAUUCUGAGAUGGUUACUGAACCAGAAAGACAAAGUAUAAGUACAGGUCCAGAUGCAAUCAGUGAAAUAUUAUGUACUCUUUCUUCAGAAGUUAAUAAAUCUCAAGAAAAUAAAAAUGAAGUACAUAAUGAGAUUGAUGGUAAAACUGCAUCCUCUGUACAAACUGCAAAAAACGUCAAUGUGAAAGACAUCCUAAGAAGUUUGGUCAGUGCUCCUGCAGAUGGGGCCACAGUGGACCCUACUGUUCUUCCACCUGUUUUUCUUGGAGCCCUUGGUGAUGGGGCCACUGCACAACCAAUACAAUUUCAAUCUUUUGACAGGAGUGUGGUUGUGGCACCAAAGAAGUCGGUGAGUUCAUCUGCAGCUACAAUUAACAUGCCUGCAAAUGCUGUUAGUGUGGUUUCUUCUUUGGAUUCUUCCCAAGCUCCAGAUGUAACUGGAGGCUCUCCAAGCAAUGGAUCAUCAGAUUCAAGAUUACCAUCUGUUCCUACACUUUCUUCUGUGCCUGAGGAUUCUGCUUCAAACAUGAGUAUUUCAGAGAGGCUUGAGCAUGCUUUGGAAAAAGCUGCCCCUCUUCUGAGGGAGAUAUUUGUGGACUUUGCUCCUUUUCUUUCACGUACCCUUUUGGGUAGUCAUGGUCAAGAACUACUGAUAGAAGGUACAAGUCUUGUAUGUAUGAAAUCUAGCAGUUCAGUUGUGGAAUUGGUCAUGCUGCUUUGUUCUCAGGAAUGGCAGAACUCAAUACAGAAGAAUGCAGGUCUAGCUUUCAUUGAACUUGUCAAUGAAGGAAGGUUGCUGAGUCAAACAAUGAAGGAUCAUUUAGUGAGGGUAGCAAAUGAAGCCGAAUUUAUCUUGAGUAGACAGAGAGCGGAAGAUGUUCAUAGACAUGCUGAAUUUGAGUCAUUGUGUGCCCAGUAUUCUGCAGAAAGACGUGAAGAUGAGAAGAUGUGUGAUCAUUUGAUAAGGGCAGCCAAGUAUCGUGAUCAUGUGACAGCAACUCAGCUGGUACAGAAAAUCAUCAAUAUACUGAUGGACAAGCAUGGAGCCUGGGGCAAUUCUCUGCCAAGUCGUCCUCGUGAGUUCUGGCGCCUUGACUACUGGGAAGAUGACUUGCGGCGCCGGCGACGAUUUGUGCGUAACCCCCUUGGAUCGACACAUCCUGAAGCGACCUUAAAAGCUGCCAUAGACCACGCUCCAGAUGAAGAUGUACUUGUUAAAGGAAAGCAGUCUAUCAAGAAUCAGGCUUUAGGAAAUCAGAAUUCAGAAAGCGAGAUUCUUUUGGAAGCCGAUGAUGAUAAUUUGUCAUCCAUAGAGGAGAAAGAACUUGAGAAUUUAACUGGUCCUGUUAGUCUAUGUACAGCAGCUCAGCUCGUGGCCCCUUGUGUAAUAGUGAAAGGCACUCUGUCCAUCACCACCUCUGAAGUGUAUUUUGAGGUAGAUGAAGAAGAGCCCAUUUUUAAGAAAAUGGAUCCCAAGAUACUUGCAUAUACAGAUGGACUGCAUGGGAAAUGGCUGUUUUCAGAGAUCCGAUCAGUAUUUUCUCGACGCUAUCUAUUGCAGAACACAGCAUUGGAAAUAUUUAUGGCCAACAGAGUUGCUGUCAUGUUCAACUUUCCGGAUCCUGCAACUGUAAAAAAAGUAAUCAAUUGUUUACCUCGUGUUGGAAUUGGAACUAGUUUCGGAUUGCCUCAAACCAGACGUAUUUCUAUGGCCACUCCACGUCAAAUCUUUAAAGCUUCAAAUAUGACUCAGCGAUGGCAACACAGAGAGAUUUCAAACUUUGAAUAUCUUAUGUUUCUUAAUACCAUUGCAGGGCGUACAUACAAUGAUUUAAACCAGUAUCCAGUAUUUCCUUGGGUGAUCACUAACUAUGAAUCAGAAGAGUUGGACCUUACACUUCCAAGUAAUUUCCGAGAUUUGUCAAAGGUACUAUAAAAAAAAAGAAUUAUACAUGGAGUCCUUGGAGCCCUCUGAAUGUGAUUGUUUGUUUGCAGUUGUUACCCAAGCUUGCUCCUUGUUUAUACCUUGAGUCAUGAUGAGACAGUGGU